AUGGCUGGACCCAAAGACUUGCAGACACAUGGACACACAGGCACACAUACAUACAGGCCCACAGACACACAGAUACAUACACACACAGACACACAUCAGAUACACAGACACCCAGACUCACAGACACCCAGACACACAGACGCACAGACAUACAAACUUACAGACACACAGACAAACAGACAUACAGACAUACGUAUAUACAGACACAGAGACACCCAGAAGACCAGACGGACAGACAGCCAGACACACAGAAAGAAAGAAAAACGACAAUCAGACACAUCGACAUAUAGACACGCACGCACACAAAUAUUCAGACACACGGACAUACGGACACACAGAAACAUAGACACACAGUCACAAAAACACACCGACACACAGACAAACAGACACACAGACACACCUGGGCAGACAGACACACAGACACACAGACAUACAGACACACAGACACACACGCACACAGACAUACAGACACACAGACACACAGGCACACAGACAUACAGGCCCACAGACACACAUAUCACAGAGAGACACAUAGCAACACACACGCACACAUAUAACAAGAAACGCAAGCACACAAAGAUACAGACACACGGACAUACGGACACACAGAAACAUAGACACACAGUCACAAAAACACACCGACACACAGAAAAACAGACACACAGACACACAUGGGCAGACAGACACACAGACACACAGACAUACAGACACACAGACACACAGGCACACAGACAUACAGGCCCAGAGACACACAUAUACAUACACAGAGAGACACAUAGCAGUUACACAGACACCCAGACUCACAGACACCAAGACACGCAGUCGCAGAGACAUACAAAACUACAGACACACGGAAAAACAGACGAACAAACACACGGACACACAGGCCUACAGACAUACAGACAUGCAGACACACGUACAUACAGACACGCAGACACCCAGAAGACCAGACGCAAAGACAGCCAGACACACAGAAAGAAAGAAAAAACGACAAUCAGACAUACAGACAUAGAGACACCCAGGCACACAUACACACAGAAACGCAAACACACAGAUAUACAGACGCACGGACACAAAGACAUACAGACAUACAGACACAUAGAUACACACAGGCAGACAGACACACAGACAUAUCGACACCCAGACACGCAGCCUCCCAGACCCAGAAAAACAGACACACAGAACCACCGACACACAGAUACACAAAAUUUCACACACACGGAUAAACUGGCACACCGACACACAGACACAAAGGCACACAGACCUACAGACACACAGAUACAAAGACACACCGACGCACAGACAUACGAACUCACAGCACACGGAUAA